GUACUUGACAGUACCUGGGGUUUUGGAAAACUUCAUGUGAUUGAAUUAUACCUUACAGUUAUUAAAAUCACUAGGUUUUCAGUAGUCAUUCAAUGAAAAUUUCUCACUGAGGAUCUUCCACCUGUAUCCAUCCCACACCACUUCGUAAAAUAACAUUUUUAAAAGUCGCAAAGACACCUUACUCCCUCGUAUCUCUACCAUCGUGGAAUCCCUUCUUUUAUCCUGCCGUGGUCAAGCAAUAAAACAUAAUAAAUCAGACAGUCAACACGGAGGUUCCUCUAAACUCUAUCCAACAGCCUAGACAGCAGAAACAUCCUAUUUCUCUCACAGUCAUACAAUAAGAACAGAGAGAAACCACAAAACAAUACACACUUGCCUCUGGGGGCAAAACAAAACAAUUUCCAUGUUUCAGCUUUUGGCAAAACCUCAUGUGUGCUGUAUGAAUAAUGUUCGAUGUGCUUGUAUGUGCUUAUCAAAUAAAAGAUCAGUGUACCAAGUCCUUUUCAGUUCAUUAAAAUGAUGAUCCAAUGUUCAACGAUCCAAUGUUGGAUAUCUUUCCUCACCAGAAUAUCCUCACACUCGCAGACUAAAGUGUUAUGCUGACUAUUUAUCCUGAGAUUAGGUUUCAAAUACUGUGGUAUUAAUAGUAUGUUAAAAUAGUUCGUAAAGAUAUCUAGAUUAACAUAUGAUUUGUGAACUAGACAUGAAAUAACAGUACUGUCUUCUGUGAAAGGAAGUAGGGAUGAUUCCAAAUUGUAAACAGAUACAAAUACAGAUAUAAAUAGGAGGCAUUCUAUUAAUCUUUUUAGAAAGUGGGAAAAAGAGGAAACUAAACUAGUUAGAAAAUGUCACAGCAGGUGCAAAAAGUAUAUAACUGCACAAAAACCCUUCCAAUCUAGACCAUGCCUUCUUCUGGUUUAAAUCUGAAUCCAGAUACAAAUCCAGAUACAAAUAUCUGUCCUAAAUGGAUACUGAUCAAUGACAGUCAUUGAUACAGACACAGAUAGUGGCAUUGUGUUACAACCCCUGUGGGAGGCACUGGACUAGUAGACCUACAAUAAUAAUAAUAAUAAUAAUAAUAAUAAUAAUAAUAAUAAUACAUUAAAAUGUAGAUUUCAUGUAGACUAAAUAUAGCAUACAUUCCAAGCAGGACUAGAGAGAUAUUCUCUUACCAUCGAGUGUCAGGAAUGUUUCUGACUUCCCCACUUACAGAAAUAGCACUGACGCCAUGGUGUUCAUUAGCCAGCCACCGAUAUUCCUCAAAGGAAUAAACUGGUGUGUUACAUAAUAAGGACUAAAUCUGUAAUCCAUUUUUUUUUUUUUUUUUGGUAAUUUGUCAUUUUAAAACUUUCCGUCUGCUUUUAAGCUUUGAUAGGACUGACUCUGUAAGCGUGCCUGCGUGCUAUUUCUAUCUCACUCGUCGAGACGAGCACCAUGCGACACACUGGAAUGGGAUACCAGUGACCAGAUGUUCAAGAAAAUCAAAAAUAUGCCGUUUUUUGUCCCAGAAAAACGAGUGUUGUUUUGUAGUUCAUGUUCCUCUUUGAGCUACUAUAAUUUUUGCCCAGUAUAUGACAACUGUGAUUGUGCUGCACACCGGCUGUAUCAUCAGAAGUGUGGUCUGGACUUCGGCUGGAGAAGAGCAGGAAUUUUUGGACAAGGCCUGGAGGACACAGUUCAGUACGAAAAGAAAUUUGGUGUACGACUUGUGCCACUUUUAGUCGAGCAGUGUGUGAAUUUUAUUCGGGAGCGAGGACUUGAUGAGGAGGGUCUCUUCAGGAUGCCAGGCCAGGCCAACCUGGUCAAAGAGCUUCAGGAUGCUUUUGACUGUGGAGAGAAACCUCAGUUUGACAGUAACACUGAUGUCCACACUGUGGCUUCCCUGCUGAAGCUCUACCUCAGAGAGCUGCCUGAGCCAGUCAUUCCCUUCUGCAAGUAUGAGGAUUUUCUUACUUGUGCUCAGCUCUUGGCCAAAGAUGAAGAGGAGGGACUACAAGAAUUAGGGCAGCAAGUGAAGACUCUUCCCUCUGCUAACUACAACCUCUUAAAAUAUAUUUGCAAGUUCCUCGAUGAAGUACAGUCACACUCUGGUGAAAACAAAAUGAGUGUACAGAACUUGGCCACUGUGUUUGGACCAAACAUUCUUCGUCCUAAAAUGGAGGACCCAGUAGCUAUCAUGGAAGACCACAGUUUCUCAUUACAUUUGGCAGGAACCUCCCUGGUCCAGCAUCUCAUGACUGUACUCAUCAGCAAGCAUGAUCAGCUGUAUCCUGAUCAGGAGUUUGAAGCACCUGAAGUCUCCAUGGAAGUGAGAUCUCAGUGCCAGCACUACCAGCAAUCCAACCUUGUUGGCUGGAUCUCUGAAGAAGAUCUCCAAAGCCUAACACCUCCUGGGAAGAACCCCAACACUAGUGACAACCCCAGCAGCAGCAGUACCUCAUCCCUGGAUGGUAUCUCAGGAGGCCCAUCUCCUAAAUCAGCCUCUCAAGGAAAAUCUGAGACAGCCAUCAGUCCAAGCAAGCAAGCCAAAACUUUACCUUCCUGGAAAUAUACUUUCAAAGGUUCCUCACCGCGACCACAGCCUGCCAAAACUGCCGGUCCAUCUGCAGAUGUGACCAAUGUCUCCAGUGGAAACUGGCUCAUGAAUGGACUCUCGUCAUUGAGAGGGCACCGUCGUACUUCUACAGGUGAACGCGCAAAGGAUUCUGGGUCAUCCCAAAGACUGUCAACCUAUGACAAUGUCACAUACUCGUCAAGCCCUGGGAGUCUUCCAAGUGUAGACAGCACUCAGUGGUCCACCUUAUCUUGCGAGAUCUCAGUGUCAGGGAGUGACAACUUAGAGGCAGACACCAGGACAGAAUCAGAUGAAAAUUCUGUAGAUCCGGAACCGACUGUGGAUGAAGUAAACUACAUAGAGCAAGAGGAUGCUAGUGGCAACAUGGUGUCCACCUGCAACAGUGACACCAAUAUACACAAUAUAGUGCCAGUCAUCACAGUCAUGGCCGAGGACACUGACGAAAGCUCCUCAUCACUGGUCAGUGUGGUAGGAGCACUGAAAGAGGAACUGAAGAGUCAGAAACUGGUUUAUGAAACCAGAAUCAACAAGCUGGAAGAGUCAAGUGCACUGCUCCGUGCCCAGAUGGAAAGAUUAGAGCAUGACAUGGCACAGGAAAGAAAGAAACAAAGAAUGCUGGAAAUCAAACUGAGGAACUCUGAGAGGGCCCGGGAGGAUGCCGAAAACCGCAAUCGGCUCCUGGAAAAAGAAAUGGAGGACUUCUUUUCUACACUCGGGGACCUGGCUCUUGGAACUAGAACAAGUGACAUUUAGGUUCUAUGUGUUUUAGGACACGAUGGAAAUCAUCCACAAACCAGUCUGUGGAAACUGUGGACAGUACUGUCUCUGCAUUUCCUCAGGUCUCUAGAAGUGUGUGGACUGAAAUUCUAUGUUUAUUCCAUGACUAUUUCUCUAACCUCAUGUUAAUUGAUUGUCUUGACCAGGACCUAAAGGAUGACAGAAUAUGUAAGGAUGGACACAAGGCUUUAUUCAACAAGGCCUACAACAUAUCACUGUGGAUGUUAGGUUAGUCGGUUCCUACCAGUAAUAUUAGGCUUUUUAGCCAGUUGUUUACACUUACAGCUGUUUUGUUUGGCUCUUUGUCCAGGUAAAGAGACAGUUUCCCAACUAAUGCAACAAGACCAUUUACACCCAAAGCCCGUAUAAACUGCUGGCAUUAUUUGGUUUGGGAACAUAAAGUGUUACCUCUGCCCUAGAAAAAAGGAAGAAUUGUAAUGACAGUGCCUUUGUGGAGGUUUUGUGUUGAAAAAGUAUCACCUGGCUUGCGUGACUCAAAUAGUUUCUAGUGUUGGAUUAAAUAUUGGAAACAUUUCAUGUGGUGUAUUAUAUUAAAAUGAAAGGACUUGUAAAAAGUUAUGAAAAGUCACAUUACAAAACACAUCAUACAUGGGAAAUGGUUAUUCUCAGAUUUUAUGAGAUAUUUAAGAAAGUGAUUAGAGGUUAAUAUAAUGUUAUAAGAAUGUGUUCACUGUGUUGGUUGGUUAAUUGGAAUUUUGAAUUGACUUUAUAGUGUGUAAAAUCAUUACAGGGAUGCGCUGUGUAUAUUUCAUGUUGGAUGUGUCCAAAUCAGGCACUGAAGUAAUAUUUUAGUAACAGCACCUAUGAAAGUUAUGUUACAUCUCUUUUUGUUAUACUUGAUAAAGGAGCAGUCAAUGUUUAUAAAUCUGUAUUACAACUGGAACUGAUAAAGGAUACAUGGCCGUAUCUGCAAUGGAAGUUUUGUUGAUUUGCACCCAGUAUUUCUAAUGCUUCUAAUAUCAGUUGGUUUAAUUGACCAAAUUACAGAAUGUUCCUCUGUAGCUUCUUACACUAAAGUCUAUUUCUGGAUACAAUUCAAACAAGUUUUUUAUGACUGUCGAGCAUAUUAGGAUGUCAUAACGAUCCAUCUCAAUGUGCUUAAGUGUUAUUCAUAUUUUUGAACCAGUUUAUGUGGUGCUAUGUAUCUGUACACAAAUAUGUGCAAUUAAAUGGAAAACUGGAAAAGAGAAUAAUUUAUAGGUGUUUUUUUCCUUAAUGGACAAAUCACAAAUUGUGUGAUGUGAUAAAAUGUGAUGAUGAAGUGUGUGUGUGUGUGUGUGUGUGUGUGUGUGUGUGUGUAG